AUGGCGUUUACCACCAACGAGCUUCGCGAUGAGGCCAUCCGCGACAGGAUUCGACUCGCUACAGAAUUCCUGGACCCGACAGACACUGCAGCCAGAUCCUAUCGUGCGGACAUCGUGUUGAUGCUCAACCGGGGCCUGCGGCGACUAGUGGUCAGCAUCGACGACAUUCGGGCCCAUUCUCGAGAACUCGCCGACGGGAUCCUAUACAAACCUUUCGACUACUCCCCUGCUUUUGACGCGGCCUUGAAAAACGUUAUUGCCACGAUACCGAACCGCGCCCCUUUUGAGCAAGAUGAGGACAGAUUAUACUAUGUGGCAUACUCCGGGUCGUUUGGGGAUAACACAUGCAAUCCCAGGACCUUAGGAAGUUCUCUGCUCAACAGAAUGGUUUGUCUGGAAGGAAUUGUGACCAAAUGCAGUUUGGUCAGGCCCAAGGUGGUCAAAAGUGUGCACUGGAGCGAGAAGACGGGAAAGUUCUUGUAUAGAGAGUACAGAGAUCAGACGAUGAGUGCACACGCACCUGCGAGUCUCAGCGUUUAUCCACAAGAAGAUGGAGACGGCAAUCCGUUGGUCACAGAAUACGGCUACUGCACGUAUCGAGACCAUCAAACAAUCAGCAUACAAGAAAUGCCGGAAAGAGCACCUGCUGGUCAGCUGCCACGCGGCGUGGAUGUCAUUAUGGACGACGACAUGGUCGACCGUGUCAAGCCCGGCGAUCGGAUCCAACUCGUGGGAAUUUUCAGGUCGUUGGGAAACAGAAAUGCAGGCUCGGGAUCUGCGAUCUUCCGCACGUUGAUCCUGGCAAACAAUGUGGUGCUACUGUCUUCAAAGUCGGGAGGUGGCAUUGCUCAAGCCACGAUCACCGACCAGGACGUCAGGAACAUCAACAAGUUGUCCAAGAAGAGUAACGUCUUCGAAUUGCUCGCACAAUCGCUGGCACCAAGUAUUUACGGCCAUGAUUACAUCAAGAAAGCCAUUCUGUUGAUGUUACUGGGCGGCAUGGAGAAAAAUCUGCCCAACGGAACUCACUUGAGAGGUGACAUCAAUGUUCUCAUGGUCGGCGACCCUUCAACAGCCAAGUCACAACUGCUGAGAUUUGUCCUCAACACUGCCCCGUUGGCUAUUGCCACGACUGGACGCGGAUCAUCUGGUGUUGGUCUAACUGCCGCCGUUACUUCCGAUAAAGAGACCGGGGAACGACGACUUGAGGCCGGUGCCAUGGUGCUUGCAGACCGAGGGGUGGUGUGUAUUGAUGAGUUCGACAAAAUGAGCGACAUCGAUCGUGUGGCAAUCCACGAAGUCAUGGAGCAGCAAACCGUCACCAUCGCCAAAGCGGGUAUUCACACCUCACUCAACGCAAGAUGUAGUGUUGUGGCAGCAGCUAAUCCCAUCUUCGGUCAAUAUGACAGCAACAAAGACCCACACAAAAACAUCGCUCUGCCGGACUCUCUCCUUUCUCGUUUCGACUUGCUGUUUAUCGUCACCGAUGACAUCGACGAUAAGCGUGACAGAGCGAUCUCUGAGCAUGUACUCAACAUGCACCGAUACAGACAGCCCGGGACAGAGGAGGGAGCUCCGAUUCGAGAACAACCCAACCAGAUUCUUGGGAUAGGGCUCCAAGAGGAGCAGAGCGCGACACAAUCGACAGAAGUGUAUGAGAAGUACAAUGCUAUCCUUCAUUCGGGUUUCACAGUCACGGGCAGGAACCGAAAGAAGCAAGUCCACCCGGUCAGCAUGCCCUUCAUCAAGAAGUACAUUCAAUACGCAAAGAGCAGAUGCAAGCCAGUCUUGACCAAAGAAGCCAGUGAAUACGUCGUCAGCGCCUACUCCAAUCUGCGCAACGACCAGAUCAAGGCAAACGAGCGGAGAACAAGUCCCAUCACUGCAAGAACGCUGGAAACUCUGAUCCGUCUGUCAACAGCACAUGCUAAGGCACGGCUGUCCAGCCGAGUCGAAGAGCAUGAUGCAAUUGCAGCGGAAGAGAUCCUUAAGUUUGCCCUUUUUAGGGAGGUUGCCGUAAAGGAAGAUGGACGGAAAAAGAGACGCAAGACACGCAAUGCUGACGGGAGCUCUGAUGAGGACGACAACUCCUCUAGUGAGGACAGUAGCAGCGAUGAUGAUACAGCAUAUCGUGGCACAAGAUCAUCAGCUGCGCGGUCAGCAAAACCACAGACCAGAAGCCAGAGGUCAGCCCGUUCGACUGGUGCCGCCACUGCAAGAGGCUCGGCAAGGACGAACAGACAUGGGAACAAUGCGGACGACGCCUCUGAAGAGUCAGACGAGCCACGGGGUGGCUCUCAGCGCCAGACUGGGGCCGAGUCUCAACUUUCUCGCAUGAGCAUCGCCAGCUCUAUGCCCAGUUCUCAACUCCCUGCCACGCAGACCGACUCACAGUCGCAAUCUCGGCAGAGUCAACGAGCUGCUACGCCAGAGGCAGCACCGAGUAUCGGACCGGCACGACUUGCCUCGUUCCGCGCAGUUCUCGGUUCACUGGCGCAAACUUCGCUGUUCCAGAAUGACAUGGCCACAGUGGCGGAUCUUUCUGCCGCGGUCAACCAUCGUAUGUCAGAAAGGAAUGAGGCUGAAUUCUCGGAUGAUGAAAUCACCACCGCACUCCGGUCGAUGGCAGAGGCGAACAAGAUCAUGUUCUUGGAAGACAGUGGUGAAGUGUACACAUUGUAG